AUGGCAAAACCCCGACGCUCGAGCGAGAAGAAAAGUUCGAAAACUGUCCUUGCAGAAGAUGGGAUCUCGGACAAUAAUAUAGUGUCACGCUCGGCUGAGGAAGUUAAGGAACCACAACCGCCACUUCCGUCGAUAACAAAGACCAUCGAUGACGAACGUCGCAUAACUCCACGUGAAGUGCGGCGAAAACGCCGAGAAGAGCUUCGAUCCAAAUCUACUGGUGUAGGCUUAUCAAUCGACGCAAACGAUAGCAAAAUCGUAAAUCGAAAAAUUGUCUUCGGGGAUUUGGACGAUGAAUUGCCAGACAGCGUUGAGAAACCUGUUGAAGUUUCUGUUGCUCUGGAACCUUCCAAGAAUGCGAGUGCUGUGGUGGCAGCUACGCACGACGAGAAAGACGCGGAAAGUGACGAUAACAAAGUAGAAGAAAUGAAGAGCAACGUGGCGAAAGCAAUUGAAAUUGAAGAGCGCAAUCGUGAAAGGGCGACAGCGCGACAUGCUGCUGCCGUUCAGAAACCCAAACGUAAGCGCAGAAAGGAAGUAUCGCAGGUCCACGCAUCUGACAAUAGUGAAAAUUUUGACGAAUCUUUUUUCGCCGAGCUGGACGAGAAAAGAGAAGAAGAUAGACAAAGUCGAAAGAAGGCGAAGGAAGAAUUACCGAAAGGUCGUCACAUCACAUUUGUCGUUUCAGGCGACGAGCCGGAGGCACGCAAACCCUAUCCUGCUGCACAUAACAUAGAAGUUGUUGUGCUAAACGACAACGAUAGCGGCCUCAAGAGUCCUAUACCUGAUUCUCCCACAAAAUCCGAAUCAGGGACGUUACUUUUGUACUCACGGAGUGUUCUUGCUGACGGAUCAGAUGGAAUUUCGGCCAAACAAUUACAGAAGGCUAAAAAGUCGGGUCGUAAAGAUGCCGGGAAUAUCCACUGGAAGCGCUCCAGAAAAAUGAAUCGACUGCUUGUUCCAGGUGCUCGAUCCCAAAAAGCUCGCUUGAUGGGCGGGCGACCGGCUGCUCAUUUUGUUGUAGAAAUGUAA